CAAAAAUUAAAACAAUGACAUGUAAGAUUUUGACAUUUUGUCCAUUAUAUAUUUAUAUGAUUAGAUCUCAAUGAUACAACUCAAAACCCCUCAAUUAUGGCAAAAAUGCUCCUGCUGUUCUGGUUACUUGUAGAUCUUCUCGUAUUCAUAAUCACAGUUGCACAAGAUGCGCAACCUGUAGGGGUGUGUUACGGAAGAGUCGGUGAUGAUUUGCCAUCGCAACAGGAUGUGGUGAACCUUUACAAGAUCAACAACAUAACCAGAAUGCGAAUUUAUGAUCCAGAUCGAGCUACUCUUCAAGCCCUAAAAGGAACCAAUAUCGAACUCAUCAUCGGCGUUCCUAAUGAUGCUCUGCAAUCCCUCAACCAACAAAGCGCAGCGAACACAUGGGUUAAGAACAACAUUCAAAAUUACUCCGACGUCAGGUUUAGAUACGUCGCCGUCGGCAACGAAGUCGAUCCAAACAACGCGAAUAGUCAAUACGUAAGUUACGUACUUCCGGCGAUGCGAAAUCUACACAACGCCAUUAAAGCCGCCGGCCUAGGGAACCAAAUCAAGGUGUCGACGGUAACGUACGCCGGUUUGUUAGGCGUCUCCUAUCCACCCAGCAACGGCGCGUUUAAUGACAAUGCACGAGAGUUUAUUGAGCCGAUAAUCAGAUUUCUAGCUGAAAACAACUCGCCAAUGCUUGUAAACAUCUACCCCUAUUUUGUAGACGCUAAUGGCAAUCUACUGUAUGCGUUGUUUUUGUCACCGGGAACAAUUGUGAGUGAUAAUGGCCGGAACUACUCUAACCUCUUUGACGCCAUUUUAGAUGCUCAUUACGCAGCUCAAGCAUCUCUUGGUGGAGAAAAUGUGGAGAUUGUUGUGUCGGAGAGUGGGUGGCCAUCGGCAGGAGGUGAUGCGUGGACAUUUCAGACCGCAGAAACUUAUUAUAAGAAUUUGAUUGCACAUGUCACAGGGAUAACAGGGACACCGGCGAAGCCUGGAAGAUCAAUAGAGACGUAUUUGUAUUCAAUGUUUGAUGAAGGAAUGAAACCUGGAGCAGAAUCGGAGAGACAUUUUGGGAUAUUCUAUCCAGAUAGACGACCCAAAUAUCAAUUAAGCUUCAACCUCAUCAAAUCAAGAAAUGGAAAGAUAAGUGAAAGAUAUGGACUUCUCGCUGCCUUCUCUAUACAAGGGUUUUGA